UCCAUCCGUAGAUGAGCCGAAUGGAUAAAGAAGAUGUGGUACACAUAUCCAAUGGAAUCUUACCCAGCCUUAAAAAAGCAAUGAAAUCUUGCCAUUGGUAACAAUAUGAAUGGGCCUGGAGACACUUAUGCUCAGUGAAAUAAGUUAGAGAAAGACAAAUACUGUAUAAUUUCACUUAUAUCUGGAAUCUCAAAAACAAGACAAAUGAACAAACAGAAAGAGUCACAGAUGCAGAGAACAAACAUUUGGUGGCAGUGGGAAGGAGGAGCGGGAGAAGGAAAGAAGAGGUGAGGGAGACGAAGAGGGACAAACUCCCGCCGACAUUUCCUGGCAAGGUCUUGGUUUCAUGGCCAUACCUGACUGCAGAGACACUGGGAAAUGGACUGUAGGUGCUACUAAAAGGGAGCAGCGGAGGGGCCCCCCUGGCCUUCCUGUAAUGCUGUGGCCCAAGGUGAUGGUGGAGGAGCACCUGAAAGGGCCGAGGAAAGCGGCCUCCGACCCGCAGAGAAGCCACACCUGUUCUCUACCUAAGGGGGCUGGGCAGGGCGCAGAGGGGGCAUCCGGGAAGCUCAGGGCAGGGGAUCUCAGUGAAGACCCAGACCACACCGGAUAGAUUUGCAACUAGAAACUGGUUUCUUGGAUUUCAAAGAGUUAUUGUUGCUCUCUGCAUGUUAAACAUAGAAAGAAAAAAAAAUCAUUGAUAAAAUUAAUCAAAAAGGCUAAAAUUUAUGUGUAUAUCUUAAUAAUGUGCUUGCAUUGCUUUAAAAGGAAAAGUUAUCUUUGGGGGAAGAUCAGACCAAUUUAAGAUGGUCCAGCGUUUGUUUUGCUUUGUUUUGUUUUGUUUGUUUUUUAGCAUCUCAUUUCUGAGUUCCAGUCCCCAGGCUUGUCCUCUGAGGCUGUUUCUCCCAUCAACUUCCCUUCUGUCCAGAAGCCUGUAACGUUCCUUUAUCUCCUUCAGGUUGGUGGAUGCACUCAAGCUGCAGGACCAGCUGAAGCUUCCCGAGAACACCUUAUCUGAGGGGAAAAAAGAAGGAAGGGGUGGGGCUCGGGACUCCUCUGCGCACCCACAGGUCUUCUUCUCUCAUGGUCUACAAAAGGCAACAUUCAGCCCAAACUCUCUUCGGAUUAAAGAUGUAGAGGAAAUAUAUUUUUGAAAUGAGACUCUGGGAGGCAGAUAAUUGCAAAUAUGUAAAUAAUCCAUGACUGUAAUCCCCUGAAUUGGGACAUCACAUGGUCAGUGUUACGACCUGCAGCUGCGGUCCAAGAGCGUGAAACCGUGGAGGUCUUCCUGGAGCUCUCCAAGGGGCAGGACGUGGAUGGUUUUGAUGCAGAUCUUGAUCCUUCGGUGAAGUGGAAGCUCCCGCAGGAAGCGCCUUAACGCUCAGAUACCCUAUGAUUCUCUUUAAACCUCUGCUGUUUUGUAAGAGAAUUAUUUUGGCAGUGUGUAAUGAUGAUAUCAAUCAUUUGGCACAAACUGUCGUGGAACUCAUGUUACGACAUUACCCAGAAGUGCUGAUGUAAGUCUUCGUGCCAGAUGGAGAGCUUGUGCUGAAGUCAAUCAGUGAUGGCACGGGCUGAGACCAUCACCCAGUCGUAGCCAAGGUAGAUAGGUGAUGGAUGGAGAUACAGAUAUGGAUGGAUGGAUGGAUGGAUGGACGGACAUGAUAGAAAGCCAGGUUUGUGAUAAAAACAGAACCAAACCCAAGGAGUUCUCCUGUGGCGCAGCGGGCUAAGGACCCAACGUUGUCACUGCAUGAAUGUGCUCUGGGAAUAGGUGUCAUGUCGGAAAAGCAGCUGUGACUGGAACCGCUCCUUGUUUUCACUUGUCAUCUCCUGGUCAUUCUCCAGGGUCCAUCUGACUUCUGGAGGGAUGGGGCCGUCGAAUUAAGUGAAGAUGUAACACCUCUCUCUUUGUAUUCUCGGUGCCAUGUAUGGUCUUUGCUUUUUCCCUCUUCGAGAUGCAGUAUUGCUCUUGAUGGCGUGGGGUGGGAUAGGGGGACUUGUCAGAGGCGUUCAUUUUUCCUUCCCCGUAAUGAGAGUUCUUAGCCCACAGCAAGGACCCAAUAUGGGGUUAUCCCAACUGCUGAGUCUGUCUAUUCCAAUACUAUGCUUGGUGAUAGAGAAAUGACCACUGGGUGUGCUUAGAGAACCGGGAGGGCCACAUAAAGCUGAACUUAACCAGAGCUCCAUUUAGUACCGUGGCUCUGCUACCUUUCUAACAGGGGGGCCGUAGGAACACCUUGGUUUUCCAGGGGUCAAUGCAUAUUUAGAUCCUACGCCUAACAGCCCUCGAAAUGUCUCCAGGGCGGGGUCAUCCAAAUAAAAGGCUGUCGAUCCCUUUGCAUAGGGACUUGGGGAAACAAUCAGAGUAUGGACUUGUCAAGAUGCUGCAGGAUCUUUCAUCUUUCAGGCUACUCCUUCAGACAGUAAACUGGGAUCUGAAAUUUAGCUCAGGACUGGGCACUAAGCAAGGGAUACCUUUUCAUUGGGGUGGUGAUACUAAGACAUGUAUUGUCAGACGAGACGUAAAAUAACAACAGUAACAACAGCAAAACCCGCGGUUCCACUACGUGCUGUGCAAAAUAAACGCACUUCAGAUAGAAUGGUAUAGGCACAUUGGUAUAGUUGAAAAUGAAAGGGUGGAAGAAAGGCACCAUGCAAAUACUAAUCAAAGGAAAGUAGGAAUGACUAUAUUAAUAUCAGACAAGUAGUCAUCAGGGUGUGGAAAUUUACCAAAGACAAAGAUGGACACUGUAGGAGUUCUCUUGUGGCACAGCUGGUUGAAGAGAUCCUGCGUUGUCGCUGAGGCAGCUUGGGUCACUGCUGUGAUAUGGGUUCUAUCCCUGGCCCAGGAACUUCCAUAUGCUAAGGGCACAACCAAAAAAAAAAAAAAAAAAAAGGUGGACAUUAUAGAAUAAUAAAAAAGUCCAAUUCACCAAGAGGACUGAACACCACAACUUCGAAUUACAUGAGGCAAAAUCUGUUUUAUCUGAAAGGAAAAUGAGAAAAAUCCCGAAUUUUCAUUAAAAUCUUUAAUACUCCUCUCUCAAUAAUCAAGAGUACAAGUAGACAAAAAAUUGCAGACUACUAGGCUGAACUAGCAAGGAGGAAAAGUAAAUAACAGCAUCGACCAACUAGAUCGAGUAGAUAUUUAUAUAAUACUCCACUCAGUCUGUGGCAGAAUUUACCUCUUCUCAAGUGCAUAUUCACUUGGAAUAUUCACCCAAAUAGUUUAUAUCCUAGGUCAUAAAACAAGUCUUUACAUGUGUGAUAUUCGAAAUAAAAUUUCUGCCCAUAACAGAAGUAAACUAGAAAUCAAUAACCAAAAGAUAACAGGAGCGCCUCCAGACACUUGUAAAUUAAACAACACACUGCUCAAGCGUUCAUGGGUCAUCGAGUAAGUCUCAAGGGAGGUGAGACAAUAUUCUGAGCUGAAUGAAAAGGAGAAAGGAAUGAAAAUUCUUUUUAUCCAAGUGAUGAAGUCAGGCAGGCUAGUGGUCUAUGUGGAGAAAAGUGCUUUUCCCCAAUUAAACCCAUUGACUUUCUUGUGGUUUAAAGACACUGCUUUAAAUUUUGGUAUCAGCCACAUCAUCUUGGUCAUAACAGAGAAAAGCUCAUGAAUAUUGGAUUGCCCCUGUGAGAUUGCUCUUUAGGUUACAGUACGGCCUGGCAACCGAGUGUAAAUGCCACUGCUCAGCAGGAACUGGCUGGAUAUCAAAGAGAGGACAAACAGUUUCAGAGAGAUCACGUGCAUCUGAUGUUUUAGCAGGGCCAACAGAAUCGAGAGCAUUAACUCUCUUCUGACAGCGGUCUUCACAGGAACUUUUCACAGAAGUCAAACAGUUAAAGCAAGUUCUAGAGAUGUAGAAACCAGGAAAAAGAGUGUGAACCCUUUGCUUCUAAAUAGGGAGACCAGGGGAUCCAUUGGGCUUGUAGCAGCCUUCUUGCUUCAGACGUCUCAGAAGACAAAAUGAGUAAGAGAGAGAUGAGUGUGUGUCAGCAAACUGGGGCCUUAUUAUGCAAGAACUUUCUUAAAAAAUGGAGAAUGAAGAGAGAGCCCAUAAUGGAAUGGUUGAUUGCAUUGUUCCUGCUACUUGCUUUGUAUCUAUAUCCUCAUGUUCAUGAAGUUAAUGAUUUUUCUUCACUGCCUCCCAUGGACCUGGGACAGGUAGAUUCAUUUAAUGCAUCUCAAUCUGAAAUUGCAUACACACCCGUCACCAAUACAACCCUACAGAUAAUGAAUAUAGUAGCCUCAGCCUCCUUCAUGAAAGAUACAGAAGUCUUGGGACUGUCCAAUGAAGAAAGUAUUAAGAAACUAACAGCAGAUCACCCUGAGGAGAUCAUAGGAGUCAUCUUUACUGAUACAUUCGCAUAUCAUUUGAAAUUCUCGCCGGGACACAGAAUCCCAGUAAGGAAGGAACACAUGGACCACACAGCUCACUGUUAUGAAAUGAACGAAGCUGUUGAUUGCGAGGUGUCAGAAUUCUGGAAGAAAGGUUUUGUGGCUGUUCAAGCUGCCAUUAAUGCUGCUAUUAUAGAAUUCACAACAAAUCAGUCAGUGAUGGAGCAGCUGAUGUCAGUUACCGGAAAAAAUAUGAAGAUACAUCCCUUCAUCAGUCAAGGGGGGAUCGCCACGGAUGUCUUCAUUUUCUUCUGUGUUAUUUCCUUUGCCCCGUUCACUUACUAUGCUUCUAUUAAUGUCACAAGAGAGAGGAAGAAGAUGAAGGGCCUGAUGACAAUGAUGGGUCUUCGAGACUCAGCAUUCUGGCUCUCCUGGGGUUUGCUCUAUGCUGGUUUCAUCUUCAUCAUGGCCCUUUUCUUGACGCUCAUUGUAAAAUCUGCCCAGUUUAUCAUCCUGUCUGGCUUCGUGGUGAUCUUCGCCCUCUUUCUCCUCUAUGGAUUGUCUCUAAUCGCUUUGACUUUUCUGAUGAGUGUCUUGGUUAAGAAGUCUUUCCUCACUGGCCUGACAGUGUUCCUUCUCACUGUCUUUUGCGGGAGUCUGGGAUUCAUGGCUUUGUACAGAUACCUCCCUGCAUCCUUGGAGUGGAUUUUAAGUUUUCUGAGUCCCUUUGCCUUCAUGCUUGGAAUGACCCAGCUUUUACGCUCGGACUAUGAUUUGAAUUCAAAUGCACUUCUUGACGCAUCGGACAGCUCGAAUCUAAUAAUAGCAACAAACUUUGUGUUAACUUUUGAUAUUUUCUUCUAUCUGGCACUGGCGAUUUAUUUUGACAGAAUUUUAUCAAGUGAAUAUGGACAUCGAUAUUCACCCUUGUUUUUCCUGAAGUCUUCCUUUCGGUCAAAACAACAGAGGACUGAUCAUAUAGCCCUUGAAGACGAACUGGAUUCUAAUCCUUCAUCUAAUGACUCUUUUGAACCAAUGUCUCCAGAGUUCCAUGGGAAAGAAGCCAUCAGAAUCCGAAAUGUUACAAAAGAAUAUAAAGGAAAACCUGAUAAAAUAGAAGCUUUGAAAGAUCUGGCAUUUGACAUAUAUGAAGGCCAAAUCACUGCAAUACUUGGUCACAGUGGAGCUGGAAAAUCCACACUGUUAAACAUUCUUAGUGGGCUAUCUGUUCCCACCAAAGGUUCAGUCACCAUCUAUGAUAAUAAACUCUCACAAACGGCAUACCUAGAAAACAUCAGCAAGCUCACUGGAGUUUGUCCACAAAUCAAUGUGCAGUUUGACUUCCUUACUGUGAGAGAAAAUCUCAGGCUCUUUGCAAAAAUAAAAGGAAUUCAGCCACAUGAAAUUGAUAAAGAGGUUCAGAGAGUUUUGCUGGAAUUGGAAAUGAAAAAUAUUCAGGACAUCCUUGCUCAAAACUUAAGUGGUGGACAGAAGAGAAAACUAACCUUUGGGAUUGCCAUUUUAGGAGAUCCUCAGAUUUUCCUAUUGGAUGAACCAACUGCUGGAUUGGAUCCCUUUUCAAGGCACCAAGUGUGGAACAUCCUGAAAGAGCGGAAAACAGACCGCGUGAUCCUCUUCAGUACCCAGUUCAUGGAUGAGGCUGACAUCCUGGCUGAUAGGAAAGUGUUUCUCUCCAAAGGGAGGCUGAAGUGUGCAGGCUCUUCCCUGUUUCUAAAGAAGAAAUGGGGGAUUGGAUAUCACUUAAGUUUGCAGUUGAAUGAAAUGUGUGUCCAGGAGAAAAUAACAUCCCUUGUAAAACAGCACAUCCCUGACGCCAAACUGUCAGCAGAAAGUGAAGGAAAACUUGUCUAUACGUUGCCCUUAGAAAGAACACACAAAUUUCCAGAACUUUAUGAGGAUCUUGAUAGAUGUCCUGGCCUGGGAAUUGAGAAUUAUGGUGUUUCCAUGACAACCUUGAAUGAGGUGUUCCUGAAACUAGAAGGAAAAUCAUCUCUUGAUGAAUCAGAUAGUGCCAAUUUGGGAGAGGUACCAGCAGAAAGAUCUGGAGACACAGAAAGGCUUGUUGAGAUGGAACAAUAUCUCUCUUUACUCAAUGAGCCGAGACAGACAAUCAGUGGCCUGGCUCUCUGGGGACAGCAAAUCCGUGCAAUCGGAAGGGUCCGCUUAUUAAAGUUAAAGCAUGAAAGGAAAGCUCUUUUGUCACUGCUGUUGAUUCUAGUCGUUGGAUUUUGCCCUCUUCUUUUGGAGUAUAUCAUCAUGAAAAUACACCAAAACAGUUACACUUGGGAACUUUCUCCUGAUUUAUACUUCCUUGCUCCUGGACAACAACCACGUGAUCCUCUCACUCAGUUGUUAAUCAUCAAUAAAACAGGGGCAAGCAUUGAUGACUUUAUACAUGCUGUGGAGAAUCAGAACAUAGCUUUGGAAGUGGAUGUACUUGGAACUAGAAAUGGCCUGGACGACCCAUCUUAUAAUGGAGCCAUUAUAGUGUCUGGUAGUGAAAAGAAUUACAGCUUUUCAUUAGCAUGCAAUACCAAAAGACUGACUUGUUUCCCAGUUCUUAUGGAUAUUGUGAGUAAUGGGCUACUUGGAUUGGCUGAGCCAUCAGCACACAUCCAGACUGAGAGAAGUACUUUUUUGGAGAAGGAUCAGGAUAAUUCAUUUGAAUCCCUGGGAUAUACCAUGUUCUGGUUGACUUUGUCAUCCUGUUGUGCCCCUUAUAUUGCCAUGAGCAGCAUUGAUGAUUAUAAGAACAAAGCUCGGUCUCAGCUCCGGAUUUCUGGACUCUCGCCUUCUGCUUACUGGUUUGGGCAGGCACUCGUCGAUGUCCCGAUGUACUGCCUGAUCUUCGUUUUUAUGUAUUUAAUGAGCUACAGUUUAAGCCUCCAAGACGGUUUAAACAUCUAUAAUUUAUUCGGAGUUAUAAUUUGGAUUAUACAAAUCCCGUGUACUUUUGGUUAUGCCACCUCACUUAUCUUUUUGACAUACGUGAUUUCGUUCAUUUUUCGCAAGGGAAAAAAAAAUAGUGGCAUUUGGUCCUUUUGCUUCUAUAUUAUCACCAUCCUCGCUGUGCUUGGACUUCUGUUUGAUGACAGUGAGCACAGUGCCUUGUACGCCAUUGCCUUUUUAAUACCGCAGGCCACAUUAAUUGGCUACCUGUUCUUAGUUUUCCAUUUUUCCAUGUUUUAUUACCUUGAUGAAGAAUCAAGAACCAUUGAGCCAUUUUUGGUAUCCCUGAUCCCUUUCCUUCAUUUUAUCACCUUUCUUUUUAUUCUUCGAUGUCUGGAAUGGAAGUUUGGGAAGACGUCAAUGAGAAAGGAUCCCUUCUUUAGAAUUUCUCCAAGAAGGAGCGAUGUGUGUCCAAAUCCAGAAGAGCCAGAAGGGGAAGAUGAAGAUGUUCAGAUGGAAAGAAGGAGAACAGCAGAUGCCCUGAAUUCCACGAAUUUCGAUGAGAAACCUGUCAUUAUCGCCAGCUGUCUACGCAAGGAGUACACAGGGAAAAGGAAACGCUGCUUGUCCAAGAGGAAGAAAAAAAUAGCCGCAAGACAUGUCUCUUUCUGUGUUAGGAAAGGUGAGGUUUUAGGAUUAUUAGGACACAAUGGAGCUGGUAAAAGUACAUCCAUUAAAGUGAUAACUGGAGACACAAAACCAACUGCUGGGCAGGUGCUCCUGAAAGGGAGCAGCGGAGGGGACCCGCUGGGCUUCCUGGGGUACUGUCCCCAGGAGAACGCGCUGUGGCCCAGCCUGACGGUGAAGGAGCAUUUGGAGGUGUUCGCCGCCGUGAAGGGGCUGAGGAAAGCGGACGCUGCCGCGGCCAUCGCGAGGUUGGUGGAUGCGCUCAAGCUGCAGGACCAGCUGAAGCUCCCCACGAAGGCCUUGUCCGAGGGAAUAAAGAGGAAGCUGUGCUUCGCGCUGAGCAUCCUGGGAAACCCGUCGGUGGUGCUUCUGGACGAGCCGUCCACGGGGAUGGACCCCGAGGGGCAGCAGCAGAUGUGGCAGGCGAUCCGGGCCACCUUCAAAAACACGGAGAGGGGCGCCCUCCUGACCACACACUACAUGGCCGAGGCCGAGGCCGUGUGUGACCGCGUGGCCAUCAUGGUGUCCGGAAGGCUGAGGUGGGUGCCUGUUCAGGCCCACGCUGGUUCCCCCGGGGCACAGCUGGCAGAGUUUGUGGCUGUGAAAGCAUCUGCGUCCAACAGGGAGGCCCUGGAGGCAACACCAGCGCAUGCGGAGUCUUUUUCUCCUUCCUAUUACCACCCCCUCCCCCCCUCCCCCAGAUGUAUUGGGGCCAUCCAGCACCUAAAGAACAAGUUUGGCAAGAACUACCUGCUGGAGAUGAAAGUGAAGACCCCCACACAGGAAGAGACUCUCCACAGCGAAAUUCUCAGGCUUUUCCCCCAGGCCGCACGGCAGGAAAGGUUCUCGUCUCUGAUGGUCUACAAGUUGCCAGUGGAAGAUGUGCGACCUUUAGCCCAGGCUUUCUUCAAAUUAGAGAAUGUUAAGCAGCGCUUCGACCUGGAGGAGUACAGCCUCUCACAGUCCACCCUGGAGCAGGUUUUCCUGGAGCUUUCCAAGGAGCAGGAGCUGGAUGACUUAAAAGAGGAACUUCACCCCUCAGUGAAGUGGAAGCUCCUUCCUCAGGAAGAGCCGUGAAGCCCCAAAUAACCUACAUUCCGAUGCACGCUUGUCGUUUUUCAAGACGUUUGUUUUUAUAGCAUCGAUGUCAUAUCGUUAAAGAGUAUAUUGUUAACACUGGUGUGGCUCUCAGCUUGGUGGAGAGGAGGCGCGAGUGUUGGGCAGGUGCAGUGACAAUGUGGAUAGAGGCACGUGGCUGAGCCCAUGUCCCAGGCACAGCCUCUGUGUCUCUGCAGGGCAUCCUGAUCCCAUUUUUCUGUGUAAUACUGAAUAAAGGUACUUUUACAAAAACUCA